AUGAAGCGAAUCUCGACUCUGCUUGGUAAUCAUAACAAAACAAGCACGAGUGAAAGAGUUGAACAAGAAAAGAUAACAACGGUUGUCAUGGGAGCAAGAGGAACAGGGAAAACGACAUUUUUGUAUAAAUCCUACUUUAAAUACAACACGAAUGAACCUGAUACUGAAUUUGAAGUGAUACCAACAGAAGAAUACAAUGUAGAAACGAUCCUAUUUGAUUCAUACAAGUUUGAAUUAUGGGAUUAUCCAGAUAUAGAAAACAGUAUAUCCACUCUAAAACAUGCAAAAGUGAUUAUUUAUUUCAUAAAGGAAGUACAAGACAAGAGCAGAGAAAGACUGAUGUUACUCUUACACCAAGAGAAUUUGAUCAGAGAGGAAGCAAUUAUUAUUACUGUUGUUAAUGAUGAGCAUAUGGAUAUACAGGAUAUAGCAGAGAUAUGGGUACAGGAUAAGGGGUUGAUCAGGAAAUUAAAAGGACACGAUUGGAGAUUAUUUUCAAUGAACGAGAUAGACCGGAUAUUUGACUAUUUGACAUUAAAAUUGAAUCAAAAGCGACAGUUGCCUAAUCCGUAUCAGCUGAAUGAUUUCGACUUUGAACAACGGUUCUACCAUGGACAACAGUUUUUAUUUUUCGAUACUUGGUGUCUUAUUCGGAUCAUCUAUCUGACAUUAACCAAGGACUAUAAAAAGAGCAAGCUAUAUUUUUACCUCCAACAAUAUAAAUAUAAUGAAGAGCAGGAUAUAAAGUACUCUGAAACCCAGGUGUUAUUCUGGAUACAAAUGGUAUCAUUUGGUUUAAUACAGUUGCCUAUAAACAAUUCAGUCAAUUUUCAAGAUUUUGUUGAAAGGAGUCAAUUAAGUCAGGACUGCUGGAAAGAGUAUUAUUCAUACCGUCUAUUUUACUCUGAAAAGGCUUCUAAAGAAUUUUUUCCCCCAGAUAAAAAACCUUUACCCAAUGCAUUUAAACCUUCUUCUUUAGCUUUAAAAGGAAGUGGUCUGAGAAUUGAUUACCAAGUAUUAUAA